AUGGCGACUCAAGUUUGCGGCGAUAUUUCAGAAGCGACAGAGCUUUCGUCCACACAACGGUUGUACCUUAAACCCGUGGCAAAACUUGGUGUACAUGUCACUUUACCAGAAAUCAAGGUUGCUGGUGUAUCUAUAUCUAACUGGGAGGUAAUGGAGAGGUUAAAAUCUAUGGUAGCACCAGACCAGUUCACGGUUCUAAAGGUGGUCGAGUCUUCUUUGGAGUUCAUUCGCUUUGAAGGUGAAACAGACACCAAAAGUCUAGUCGCAAAAUUCAUCAACAAAUUGGACGGGAAGUUUAUAAAAUUAAGUGGCUUUGCGGACCCACUUAAGGUACGAGCAACGGAAUCCAAGAUGAAAUUUCCUACCGUUCACGAUUGGAACUCUUUUUUCAGAGAAUCUGAAGAUUUGGACGAACGUAAUCCGGGCGAAAGACCUGAUACUUUUUACAUUAAAGGAUUGCCUUGUAAAUGGUUUUCAAGUGACGAAUCUCCCAGCAAACCAAGCGACGAAGUUUUGAAAUCUGUCUUUCGUCGUUUUGGGAAAAUCCGAUGUGUUGAUAUACCAAUUUUGGACCCUUACAGACAACGGCUGUCAAAGGGCAACAGUGAAUUUCAAACGUUUUAUUUUGGAUCUCAUCUGCAUUUUGAUGCUUAUGUCCAGUACAGUCAAUAUCAGGGUUUUUCAAAUGCCAUGUCAGCUUUGAAGGGUAUGAAAUUGAUGUAUAUUUCUGACGAAGGUCGGGCUGCCACUGCCAAUAUUCAAGUUGAAUUUGACAAAACUUGCCAUCUGUCUGCGAGGAAUAUCAAAAGAAGGGAACUAGAACGACAAAAACUGAUUGAUAUAGAAAGAAAAGAAGAAGAAAGAAAAAGAAAAGAAAAGGAAGAAGAAGAGAGAAGAAUAGAGGAAAAGCGCUUGGAGGAAGAGAGGAGAGAGGCUAAACGCCAGCGACUGCUCCAGGAAGCCAUAAGAAAAAAGGAAGAGAGGAAGAGGGCUCGGGAAGAAAAGAAGCGAAAGAAACGAGCUGAAAGGAUCAGGAGGGAGAUUGAACGGAAAGAACAGCAAAGACAGUUAGAAAGGGAGAGGGAAAGGAAGAAAGCUGAGCAGAAAAGAAGUGCUAAAAGGCUUUUGUUAGAACUUCUUCAGCGUGUUGCUACAGUCAAAGAACAAGAAGAAGAGGAGAGGAGGAAAAUAGAAGAAGAACGAAAGAAAAGGGAGCAGGAAUUAGAAAUGCUGAAACAAAUCGAAGAGAAAAAGAGGAAACUCGAAGAGGAACAAAGAAGGAAGGAAGAUGAAGAAAGAAGAAAGAAGGAGAAACUGGAAGAACAAGAAAAAGAACUUCGUGACAAAUUGAUUAAAAAUCUGAAAAGAAUGGAAGAAAGAAGAGACGAACUCAAAAAAGAACUUUUGAAAAGACAGAUUGCAAGCAGUACUGCCAAACUAACAUCUUUUGCUGGAAAUGACUUCUUUGGAAAAUAA